UCCCUUCGCACGCAUUCUCCUCUCUUCUUCCUUUCCAUAAUUCCACUCAUUAUUUCUCAUAGCGCAGUAGACUCGAUUCGAAACGACGUAGUUUUAAGUUGAAAGGAAAGGUUCUGGUCUGUCACCAUCUUCUUCCUUCCUCAACGGAGAUUCUCUAUUCAUGGGAAACCCAUGAGUUCUAGCGCAGUGAAGAAGAAUCGGUCUACGGAGCUCGAAAGCGCAAAAUCUGGAUGAUUUUCUGAGUAUGAAUUGUUAGAUUUAGUGAAACAAUUUCAGAGUAUUUUGUGAUCGGAGUGUUGGAUUGGGAAUGUCUCUGAGAAUAAAAGCGGUGGUGGAUAAAUUCGUUCAGGAGCUGAAGGAAGCUCUGGACGCAGAUAUUCAGGACCGAAUUAUGAAAGAGAGAGAGAUGCAGAGCUAUAUCGAAGAGCGGGAACGUGAGGUCGCCGAGCGCGAGGCUGCUUGGAAAGCCGAACUCUCUCGUCGUGAGGCAGAGAUUGCGCGGCAAGAAGCAAGACUAAAGAUGGAGAAAGAAAACCUUGAAAAGGAGAAAAGUGUCUUGAUGGGAACCGCGUCGAAUCAAGAUAAUCAAGAUGGAGCUCUUGAAAUCACUGUAAGUGGAGAAAAAUAUCGGUGCCUCAGGUUUUCAAAGGCAAAGAAAUGAGACACUGAAAUGAAUAAAAGGCUGAAAUUUUGGGGUGGCUAGAUUCUAUGUGAUUUUUUCUUUUUUUUUGCCCUUUAACUUAAUAUAUGACUUUGGAGUUCUUAUUCACUCCUAAUGCUUUGUGUACACACAUGUAGGUAUCCCAUUACAACAAAAUUAAAUUGAUUAUGCCCUCUGAACAUUAUUGUUUGAUUCAGUGUAACGAGGUUUUUUUUUGGUUAAUGGAGAAAGAAAAAGGAACAUUUAUUUUGUUA